GAUAUGGCGCCGUCGUCCAGCCAUCAGAGCGCGCGGAACGAGCUUACGGCUGGCGCCUGUGCAGGCGCGGCCAGCACGUUCCUGACGCACCCGCUCGAUACGCUGCGCGUGCGGAUGCAGGUCGGCUCGUUCCCAGGCGCGGUAGCCGCCUUUCGCAGCAUCCUCGCGGCUGAGGGACUGUCGGCAUUCUGGCGAGGGCUGAGCGUGCCGCUCGCAGCCUCCACGGUCCGCUCGGCGCUGAGCUUUGGCUGUCUGAGCGCUGUCUUGCGGGCACUGUGCGACGAGCCAGCAACGCCGACGCUGGGAGAGUGUGCCGUCGCCGGCUCAGUCACGUGUGCGCUCGGCGCAGUUUAUCUGCACCCCUGCGAUCGCAUCAAGAUUCUGCUGCAGGUGCGGCAUGAGGGCCGCGCCUUUUCGGGCCCGCUAGAGGUUGUGCAAACUGUCGUCUGCCGUUCCGGCUUUCGCGGCCUAUACCGCGGCAUCGGCGUGUGCGUGGUGAUGGACCUGGUCUCGGGCGCAAUCUACUUUGGCGGGAACCGCUGGCUCACCGUCAACUUUGCCGAGGGCGGCGGCGGCGACGGCGGCGACAGCGGCGACGGCGCGACACAGGCGCUCAAGCUUGUGGGAGCCGGGUCUCUCUCGGGUGUCUCCUCGUGGGCUGCCAUCUACCCGCUCGAUGUGGUGCGCACGCGCAUGGCGGCGCAGCCCUUCGGCUGGGAAGGCGCCGCGGACAUUGCGCGCCAACUCUUUCGAACGGGUGGGGAGCGCGCCUUUUUCCGCGGCCUUGUGCCCUGCCUGGCGAGAAGCUGCUUCUCGGACGGCAUCUUCUUCCCCGUGUACUGGUCAGUGAGCUGGCAGCUGGGCACGCGCGGCCAGGAUUGA